AUGAGAAAACUACCGAUACCUAUGCAAGAAGAAGGAGCGAGAAGUGGCGAAGAAGCAAAGUGGCCUGCGGAAGACGAGAACAUACAGUUAAUCAUUUGCGAACAUGAUAAGGGGGCUGUUCAACUGAGCGCGCUUCUAAACGAAAUUGAUCGUUUGAAGGCCUUUCAUCUGAUGGACACCCCUUGCCCCAUUCAUAUUUCUCCUGCGCAUGGUGCACUCACUUCUGAUGCCACCGACAGUGACAGAGAAGCCACGAUGAUGUGUGAAGUUCGCGCUUUGCACAAGGCGAUGGAGAAGGAGUAUCAAGAAUGCCUUGCUCGUAUGCUAUUGCCGAGAGCUACAAACCGCCCGUAG